AUGGAAAGAUUAAAAGAAGGAGGCAGCCAAAUUGCGGCCGGCGGGUCGGCAGGUCUUGUGGAAGUAUGUAUAAUGCAUCCACUCGAUCUCAUCAAGACCAGGCUCCAAAUCGGGUCCGAAGAUAAGGGAAUGAUGGAUUUGGUCGGAAAGACUUUCAGAAAUGAGGGGAUUCGAGGAUUUUAUAAGGGAAUCCUUCCUCCAAUCCUUGCCGAAACUCCGAAGCGAGCCACCAAAUUCUUCACAUUCGAACAGUAUAAGAACAUUUUCAGCGCCGGGCUAUGUUCCGGAAUGACAGAAGCUGUAGUGGUUUGCCCAUUUGAGACGGUCAAGGUGCGACUACAGGCCAUGCGAAAUACGAACCCUAAAGAGGUCCCAACUUCCGGGCAAAUGGCUCGUGAAAUCAUUAGAACAGAAGGUUAUGGAACGACGGGAAUUUUCAGAGGAUUAACAUCGACUGUUGCACGAAAUGGUACCUGGAAUAUGGUAUACUUUGGGUUAUACCACAACGUUAAGGAAUUCUUCCCAGAUGCGAAGGAAAGCCCAUCAAUGAACCUUGUCUACCGCAUUUUACUCGGAUUUUUGGCAGGUUCCUUGGCUUCUGUUGUGAAUAUUCCAUUUGAUGUUGCCAAGAGUCGGAUUCAGGGCCCACAACCUGACCCCCUUAACCGAAAAUACCAUGGUUGUCUACAAUCGAUGGGUCUUGUUUAUAAAGAAGAGGGUUUCUUUGCUUUAUAUAAAGGUCUCCUCCCAAAGAUUAUGCGACUUGGACCUGGCGGUGCUAUAAUGCUGAUUGUCUACGAUGAAGUGUACAAAUACUUGCGCCAAUAC